GUAGUAAGAUUUUAGGUCAACUUUGUUUUGAGGCCUUUAUAGCUAUAUAUAUCUUUUGAAAGUGACAAAUUUACUAAAUUAUCAGUACAACUUUCCUCGUUUUUGGUAUCCAUUAAAGAAAUAAUCUAAACAAAAGCAAUCGUGUUUCAGCAAAUUAUUUUACCGCUAGGGGCGCCAGAGUCAUUCCGAGCUGUUGCCAAUUUUGACGCACAUUUCACAAAUACAGCGCUGUCGUCAUCUGUCAUGGGCCGCUCUGUUUUGCUUUGUGAAGCGCGUUGUGUGUGAAGCGUUGUGUGAAGCGUGUGAAGCUUUAUUUUAAUGAUAGGGGUAGUUGAGAUACGAUUAUUAUAGAAUUCAGUGGAUGCGAUAAUCGAUUGCAAAUUUGCUAAAACGUCCAUUAUUGUCUAGAAGUUGCUUGCUCUACACCAGUUUUUGAAAUCAAAAUGAAUACAUUUUUGUCGAGGGGUAAUGCUCUCCUUGCAUUCACCCUUUCGGUUCUUGCAUCUCUCACAUUUUGUUGCUUUGCGUCAACAUUUUUCAAUGACAAUCGGCGAGACGCAAAUGUGAGAACAGUCCAGGUCGUUGUUAAGAACGUGGCAGACUACAGCGCCUCGCGCGAGAAGAACGACCUGGGCUUCCUGACGUUCGACCUGGAGGCCGACCUGACGUCCGUGUUCAACUGGAACGCCAAGCAGCUGUUCCUCUACCUGGUGGCCGAGUAUCAGACGCCCAAGAACACACUCAACCAGGUGGUGCUCUGGGAUAAGAUCAUCCUACGCGGCGAGAACGCCAAGAUCGACGUCAAGAGCAUCAACACCAAGUACUACUUCUGGGACGAUGGCAACGGCCUAAAGAACAACCAGAACGUGACGCUGGCGCUGCACUGGAACGUGAUCCCCAACGCGGGCCUCCUACCGAACGUGGCGGCCCACGGUCUGCACACGUUCUCGUUCCCGGCGCAGUACGCCACCGCGCGAGGAGCCUAAACUGCCGCGGGUGGUGCUGCCACCUGUCGACGCCUGGCUGAACUGACGGUUCGCUGUGCGGCCACCAGGUGAUCGCACGGAGCAGCAGCCGCCGUGAAAAUAGGCGAAUGGGGGAUGUGAGGGAACGUGUCACUUCUUGGGCUAGUUCCGCGCACUGUGCUAAGCGCUCUUUGGGCUCACAAAUUAAAAGGAAAUCAUAAAUCGUUAACUUCUUGAAGCAUUAGUUCGAAAAAGUAUUCAACUUGACACACAAAAAAAAUCAAUGGAUUUGUUCUGGCCUCGGCAUAUAUUUUUGUUGACAGACGUCAUGCAACAGAAAGGUAGAUAUGCUGUACAUGAGGGUUGGGACUUGAGGCAGGGAGGGUUGUUUCUUCAACUGUGUGAUGGAACGCUUCUUUUGUGGAUUGCGUAUCUGCUGUGGUGUUUGCAUGGGUUUGGGUAGUGGGAAAGCGUUUCGUUGAGGCUAAACGUAGAGGGAACAACGACGUCAAGCGGCGCUCUGCACGAAGUGGCCGACCAUUGGUGUUGCUACGAGCCACCCCAACAGAUUAUUGUCAUGCGUGUCCAUUGGAUGGCUUCUAGCAAACCAGUUUCACAAAAGUGGUGGUGGAGCCACAGUAUGUCAAUACACUGUGUCCUGAAAC